AUGGUGCAGCAGCCUGACGAUUCGAUACGAUCUGUACCCGAAGGCGAGCAGAGCCUCCAUCGGCACCGAGCUCAAGUGCUGAAUGAGAGGGAGGUGCAACGCCAGCGUGACGUGACACACGCAGAACAAGUGCGGCUGGCUGAAGAAGCGUACAGAAUCCGCACAGUCAUCCUGUUUAGGGAAUCUAGGAGUUCCAACGAAGCGCAGCGCGCGCAAGAGGCAAGACUCGGUCCUGAAGCACAGUACCUGGGCAAAAUUAAGUCGACUUGA